AUGCAUUUAAAUCGAAUCGGUUCGGAAAAGAAUCAAAAAAGUGAAAAUAUUUUAACGCAAACAGGAAACUUUAAAGGAUUAAAAAAUGAAAGUUCCACACAAACUGCAAAACAAUUUUCAUAUUUUCAAUUGUUCCGUUACGCUACAGUAGCAGAACGUUUUCUAAUAUUUUUGGCCAUAAUACUGGCCUCAUUGUCUGCCGUCAAUGUGCCGUUUUGUGUCGCUAUUUAUGGCGAAUUUACAUCAUUACUUAUCGAUCGUACCGUUGGCGUUGGCACAUCUUCGACAACAUUCUUUCUACCAAUAUUUGGUGGAGGAAAAAUCUUAACUAAUGCAACGCACGAUGAAAAUAUGCAGGCUAUUAAAGUUGAUGGUUGGGCUUUCUUGUUGGGAAGUGUAGUGGGCUCUGCACUGCAGCUCUUAACGAUAGCGAUCUCUGUGAAUAUAUUGAAUAAAUUAGCCCUAAAGCAGAUUUCCCGCGUACGUAAAUUAUUUUUAGAAUCUAUUCUAAGACAAGAUAUGUCAUGGUUCGAUACUAAUUCGGGUAACAAUUUUGCUGGCAAAAUGGCAGAGGAUCUUGAUAAAAUGAAAGAAGGAAUUGGCGAGAAAAUUGGAAUAUUUACUUAUUUGAUUGUGACCUUCGUUCUUGGCAUUGCAGUCUCGUUUUUCUACGGCUGGAAGCUAACCCUAGUUAUGUUACUAUGUUGUCCGUUCAUUGUACUUUCAACGGCAUUAGUGGCUAAAAUACAAAGCUCUUUAACUGAGAAAGAAUUGAAGGCGUAUUCAAAUGCGGGUGCAGUAGCCGAGGAGGUUUUUUCUGGUCUACGCACUGUACUCGCAUUUGGUGGUGAAAAGAAGGAAGUGCAACGUUUCACGAAUUUACUGAAACCAGCUGAAGAUAUGGGUCGUAAACGAGGUCUAUACUCUGGUAUUGGAGGUUGCAUUAUGUGGUUCAUUAUUUAUUCUGGUUACGCUUUGGCCAUGUGGUACGGAGUAAAUCUAGUACUAUCCGAUCGCCUCGAAGAACACAAAAGCUAUACACCUGCAGUUUUGGUUAUUGUUCUGUUCGGCAUUAUAAUAGGGGCCCAGAGCAUUGGAUUCGCUUCGCCUCAUAUUGAGGCUUUCGGUACAGCUAAAGGUGCUGCUCAGAGUGUGUUUAGCACAAUAGACCGCAAGUCCUAUAUAGAUCCUCUAAAUGAUGAGGGCGCAAAGCCUUCGGCAGUUAGAGGACAGAUUAGCUUCGAAAACUUAUACUUCCGGUAUCCGGCACGAGCAGAUGUGAAAAUUUUGCAAGGCUUCAGCUUGGAAGUAAAUGCAGGGGAAACAGUAGCUUUAGUGGGGGCUUCAGGAUGUGGAAAGUCCACCACAUUACAAUUAUUCCAGCGCUUCUAUGAUCCCUUAAGCGGUGACGUGAGAUUAGAUGGACGUAACAUUAGAGAUUUAAAUGUAGCAUGGCUACGUGCGCAAAUUGGUGUGGUAGGUCAGGAACCAGUUCUUUUCGCUACUACAAUCGAAGAGAACAUACGGUAUGGUAAGCCUACAGCAACAAAAGACGAAAUUAAACAGGCCGCUCGCAUUGCCAAUUGCCAUGACUUUAUCGUCAAAUUACCCAAAGGUUAUGAGACCAUGGUUGGUGAACGCGGAGCACAAAUGUCAGGGGGACAAAAGCAACGUAUAGCUAUAGCAAGAGCGAUUAUCAACGAUCCCAAGAUACUGCUAUUAGAUGAGGCGACUUCAGCUUUGGAUCCUACAUCGGAGAAAAAGGUGCAAAUAGCUUUAGAAGAAGCCAGUAGGGGUAGAACUACCCUGGUGGUCUCUCAUCGUCUUUCGACCAUCACAAAUGCCGAUAAAAUUGUAUUUGUUAAGGAUGGUGUCGUUGCUGAACAAGGCACACAUGAGCAGCUAAUGGCUAAGGGUGGUUUAUACAAUCAACUGGUGAAUAUAACUAAAACCAGUGAAGAAUUGGACGACGAUGACGAUGAACAACAGCAGGCAGAUAUUGAAGCAAAAAUAAACAGCAAUGAACCUGAACAAGAAGAAGAAGAAGAAGAGACAGACGAAGAGGAGGAAGAGGGCAAAGAGUCAACAGCAGCGACCGAAGCUUACGACAAUGGUGGCUUUACGCUUGAACGUGGUGUUAGCGAUGUGAGAGAGAGUGAGAAAAGGAAACGAAAAAAAUCGAAAAAGAGUAAAAAACGAGUGAAAAAGGAGAAAGAGAAAAAAUAUGAAGUAUCCUUUAGUCGUAUAAUGAAGUUGAAUGCUCCCGAAUGGCCAUACAUAGCAUUAGGUUGUGUAGCUGCUGCUCUUCAUGGUGCUACAUUUCCCGCUUGGGCAAUUUUUUUUGGUGAUUUUUUUGCGAUUAUGUCGAACGCAGAUAACGCGUAUGUGCAAUCAGAAGCGACAUUUUUAUCGUAUUUGUUUAUGGCAAUUGGUGUAGUUGCGGGGCUGGGUACUUUUGUGCAAACAUUCAUGUUUAACGCGGCCGGUGCCAAAAUGACAUCACGUUUGAGACGCGAUACUUUUGAAACGCUUCUAAAGCAAGAAGCAGCUUAUUUCGAUCAUCCUAGCAAUUCAGUGGGAGCACUAUGUUCACGUUUGGCGGCUGAUUGUUCCAAUGUUCAAGGGGCAACCGGUACCCGUAUUGGAAUGAUGCUGCAAUGCUUAUCCACUUUACUAGUAGGCAUAGCCGUAGCCUUCGUAUACUCUUGGAAUUUAACUUUAGUCACAAUCGUCUUGGUGCCAUUUAUAUGUUUGUCUAUAUUCUUAGAAUCGCGUUAUAUGGAAUCGAGUUCGCUUACUGAGAAAGCGGCUUUUGAAAGUGCUUCGCGAAUAGCUGUGGAGGCCAUAGCCAAUGUACGCACGGUAACUAGUCUGGGUCAAGAACGUUACGUUCUUCAACGUUAUAGCUCUCAAAUAGAUUUGGUCCAUAAGAGUUGCGUGAAAAAGUUACGUUUUCGUGGAUUUGUUUAUGGUCUAGGGCAAUCGGCGCCUUUCUUCGCAUACGGAAUAUCUUUAUUCUAUGGCGCAGUAUUGGUAGCCAAUGGUUUACCUUACGAAAAUGUUAUUAAAGUCGCAGAAUCUCUGCUGUUCGGUUCGUGGAUGUUGGGUCAAGCUUUAGCAUUUUCGCCAAACGUUGGUGCUGGUGUUUAUUCAGCUGGACGAUUAUUCAAACUUUUUGAUCGCUUACCUGCUCAAUAUAUUCCCAAAAUAAGACCCUUUAACACUGCAGAGAAAUCCGAAGGUAAUAUCGUUUAUGAAAACGUAAGCUUUGAGUAUCCUACACGUCAAGGCAUUCCAAUAUUAAGAAAUUUCAAUUUGGAGAUUCAAAAGGGUUCAACAGUAGCUUUGGUAGGUCCUUCGGGAUCGGGCAAGUCGACUUGUGUGCAAUUGCUUUUGCGUUACUAUGAUCCCAUCAAAGGCACAAUAAACCUAAGUGGUACACCUACCACCGAUUUCACCUUGGAAACGCUACGCUCGAAACUGAGUUUAGUUUCUCAAGAGCCGGUACUUUUCGAUCGUAGCAUAGCAGAUAAUAUAGCAUAUGGCAAUAAUUGUCGUGAUCCCAUGCCAAUGGCGGAAAUCAUUGACGCUGCAAAGAAAGCCAACAUACAUGAUUUCAUUACCUCUCUCCCUCACGGUUAUGAGACACUCUUAGGUUCCAAAGGAGCUCAGUUAUCGGGAGGGCAAAAGCAACGUAUUGCUAUUGCAAGAGCGAUGGUCAGAAACCCAAAAAUUCUAAUAUUAGAUGAAGCGACCUCUGCUUUAGAUAUGGAAAGUGAGAAGGUAGUACAACAGGCAUUGGAAGUGGCGCGCAGCGGACGUACUUGUGUAACUAUAGCUCAUCGUUUAACCACAGUACGUGACGCCGAUGUAAUUUGUGUUCUAAAGAAGGGUGUAAUUGUAGAAAAAGGCACCCACGACGAGCUGAUGAAUCUUAAGCGUAUUUAUUAUAAAUUAUAUAUAAUGCAACAAGUAACGUAGCGUCAAAUGUUUAUUUUUAA